CGAUGAGUGAUCGAUUGUCUUUGCGUUAAGAUGUUAUGUGAUAUCUGAUAUUUCGAAAAUGUUUCUGUCAAAAAAAUCUAAAAGUUUCGGUGUGCUAACCUUUCUUUUUUGUAAAUUUUAUGAUAUUAAUUAUUCAAUUCAAUAUAAAUUUUUAUUUCUAAUGUCAAAUAACGAAAUCAAAAAAAGAAUGGUGGAUUGCAUGUUAAAUAUACCAAUAAAGUGUUUUAUAAGUUUAGCCUGUUAAAAGUAUCAGAGUCGUUUGCGAUGACGUAAAAUAUAAUCUAGAAUAUAACAGGAUGAACAAAUCGAGAGUAGGGUCAGAAUAUAUUCCGUUAGUGGGAGACGACAUGUUGCAAACACGAUACGUUUUACAUUUUGCUAAAUUAGCAUGGUUUACAGUAUCUUUACCUUUUUUCGCAUUUUUAUUUUGUAUCACUUGGUCUGUUGUAUAUAAUUUUGAACAUUCUACUUCCACACAUUGUAAAGUUUAUAAUUUUUUACCAUCUGUAUCUGCUGCGAUUGGACAUUAUAGGCCACAAAGAGAUGUUUGGAAAAUUGCAAUAGCUUUGCAAGCAGUGGUAAGAAUUUUAGUAUUAAUAAUGUAUCGCCGUUAUUAUAAAGAACAUAUCUAUAAAUGGGCACAAAAUAUUUGUAAUGUUGCAACUAUUAUCUAUGCUAUUGAAAACAUAUCACUUAUAUCAUUAAGUUUUUGGACAUCCAAUGAGAAUUAUGUUUUUCAUAAAGUAUCUUUUAUAACAUUUUUAAUAACAUCUGUCAUUCAUAUGCAGAUAGCAUAUUAUAUAAUGAGAAACUGUCGUAAUAUUACUAAAGAAUCUUCUGAAGCUAUCUCUCUAAAAUGGAAGAGAAGAUCUAUGAUGUUGAAUUUAUUGUGUAUAUUAUUUGCAGCCUACUUUUUUUACAGACAUAAUAAAUAUUGUGAACCUUUAGUUUACUCUAUGUUUGCAUUAAGCGAAUAUGGAGUUGUUCUUUCAAAUAUAGGAUUCCAUUCAACAACAGCUUGGGAUUUUGCAAAUUCUUCUCUUAUGAUAUCAGGAAAAGGGUUUAGGAUAAUUUAAUAUUGUACAAAAAUUAUCAUUUUUAAACAUCUCUAUGAAAGAAAUUAUUUUGACUAAAAAUAUUCCCAAAGCAAGCGUCAUCGUUUGUGUGAAAUACAGAAGUUACAUGCAUAUUUGUAAAAAGAAAAAAUAGAAGAAAAAUUAAGAAAUGAAAAA